GACAAAACAAUUGAUGGUCCCGUGUCACGGUAAAUUAUAAUGACGUUAACAAAAAUAAACAAUCCGAUCAAGUUAGUGUUUUCACCGAGUGAGUAAGUUUGUACGUGACAAUAAAAUAAAAUGUUUCGAAAUUAGUAGUUUAAGAUGAAGAGCUCAAAUGCGCGGAGUAGGAAUCAGGUGUACAGUGUGGGGAACUAUCUUAUGACGGGGAAAGUGUUGGGGAAGGGACAUUUUGCAAGAGUUGAAGAAGCUACGCACAGGAUUAUAGGGAAAAAGGUGGCGAUAAAAAUAAUAGAUCUGACAUGCAUAAAGGAAGAGUAUGCACGCCGCAACCUACACAGGGAGCCCAGGGUCAUGGCUAAGCUUCGGCACCCGUGCAUCGCCGCCCUCUACGAGACUAUGAUGCACGGCCCCCGACUGUACGUGGUGAUGGAGGCGGCGGGGGGCGGCGACCUGUGCACGCACGUGCUGGCGCAGGCGGCCCGGGGCAGCGCCCGGGGGCUGCCGGAGGCCCGCGCCCGCUCCCUCGCCGCCCAGCUGGUCUCAGCUGUCAGACAUAUGCAUUCCCGGGGCGUUGUACAUCGGGACCUUAAGAUGGAGAAUAUAAUGUUGGAUAGCUCCAAGCAGUACAUCAAAAUUGUUGAUUUUGGUCUUUCGAAUGUCUGGAGCGCCGGCGCUGCGCUGCGGACGCCGUGUGGGUCGCUGGAGUACGCUGCGCCGGAGUUGUUUGUCGACGGCCGGCGGUACGGGCCCGAAGUCGAUCUGUGGAGCAUAGGCGUAAUAGUUUACGGGAUGGUGACGGGCGGGCUGCCGUUCACGGGCGGCGACAGCGGCGACGGCAAGUCGCGGCCGCAGCUGCGCGCCGCCAUCGCGCGCGGCUUCACCAGGAAACAGCGCGCCGCGCUCGCCUGCGUGUCCGCCGAGUGCAAGACGUUUAUCCAGCAGUUGUUGGAUCCGGACGUGGACCAGCGCAUGAAGAUUGAGGAGGCGGCGCGACAUCGCUGGAUAAAGAAGCCAGGCAUGCGGAUGAAGACACAUCCGCUGGGCGCCGUCGACCCCAAGGCCAACAGGGAGAUAUUCAAGCAAAUAGCUGAGCUGAGCGGCCGUUCGGUCAUAGACGUGGUGGCCGAGGUAAAAGCUGACCCAUUCGGCGCGAUCGCGGGCAUCUACAACAUCAAGACGCACCUACACCAGACGCAGGUGCCAGGGGACCUGCUGUGGUCGGCCAACAUGAUGGAGCCGCGGCCCGCGUCCCCCCCAGAGUACCAGGCCAGGGACCACUCCGUCGCCCUUCCGAUCUCGAAGCCCAUCGUCCGCCGCAGCACGUCCCCACCCAAAACCGCGAUAAAGCCUAAAUUGGAGCCGCCGAAGACUAUCAAUCGGAUCCCGACAGUAUCGCCUAAACCAGUCAAGAUUCAAGAGCAAGCGGUCAGACGGCCGCCGACGCUGAGCAGGCCGACGAGCGCAUCGUACGAGAAGAAACCAGUGACCAGUUAUGAUAACGGGGACUGUGGGUUCGAUUCGCGGCUGCCGAGCAUCACGGAGCACUCGAGCAUAGACCUGAGUGAGCAGAAGAACGCGCGGCGGUUCACGCGCUCGAGCGCGCGGCCGCCGGACGACGAGCGACGGGCGCCCGCGCGCCGCGCCGACUUCUACCGCAGGGCCGGCGACGGGUUGCCCAGUUGGAGAGCCACAGGCCCCGUAGUCCCUCCUCCUAGAAUACUUCUACAGAACAACGCGACUACCAUCAAGCGAGCUUCGCUCGGGAACAUAGUCAGCCCACAUUCGUCAUCUAACAGUCAUUGUAAAAGCGAAAGGGCUAUGCCGGUGGGCUGGUUCACGUCUCGAGCGAAGGACACUACUCCGCACCUGCAGAGGCUACGCAGAACUGCCCCGAUGAAGUGACGUCACAAUUUUAGAAGCUUUACAAACUUUGUUGAAAUUCUUUUUUUUUGUUACCUUAAUUGUAAUCUUAAGCGAAUAAAAAGAUUGUAAUGUUACACGCAACGACGAUGUCAAAUAUGUUUUUGGACGCAAUUUUCUAUAU